UGCGUGGGAGGGUGCGGGAGGGUGCGGGUGGAUGUGGGAGGGGCUGGUGAGGUUGUGGGAGGGUCCGGUGCAGUAUAUAACAUGUCAGAUUGAACAUGGAGGUAUCAGUUCCGUCACACACUCCGCCAUGGCAGCUAAGGUCGCACUCCUUCUUUCCCUUGUGGCUGUGGCCGCCGCACGCCCCUCCACAACCUACGGCGACCCUACCCCAUCCUACCACGCCCCUGCCCAUCCUACCCCAUCCUACCACGCCCCUGCCCAUCCUACCCCAUCCUACCACGCCCCUGCCCAUCCUACCCCAUCCUAUCACGCCCCUGCCCAUCCUACCCCAUCCUACCACGCCCCUGCCCAUCCCUCACCUUCUUACCACGCCCCAGCCCCCUCCUACCACUCCGCCGAGCAGUACCCUGAUGUCCCACCCCAGUACAGCAGCAACUACGCCGUGAAGGACGAUUACUCCGGCAACGACUUCGCCGCCACGGAGACUCGCGACGGUUACAACACCCAGGGCUCCUACCAAGUGCUGCUCCCCGACGGCCGCUUGCAGACCGUUACUUACUACGUGGACGGUGACUCAGGCUUCGUGGCCGAGGUGUCUUAUGAAGGAGAAGCUCAGUACCCCGAGACUUACGGCCACGCUCCCGCUCCUUCCUACGGCCACGCCCCCGCUCCUUCCUAUGGCCACGCCCCCGCUCCUUCCUAUGGCCACUCCCCCGCUCCCUCCUAUGGCCACUCUCCAGCCCCAUCCUACACUCCUGCCCCCGCCUACUCCCCCGCCCCUUCCUACCACGCGUAAUGUCCUAAUUUAGUGACCAGUUUUUCUCCAGUGCCUUACCCAGAUUUCCCCCCGACUCUCUUGCCUACCUGCCAUGUACAUAUUCCUGUAUUUAAUUGAUUGAAGACGAGCCGCAAAUAUAUAAACUGGAUCCAUGA